AUGCUCACCACCGUCUUCUCCGCCGCCGCCAUCCUCGCUCUCCAGGCAUCCGCUUCGCCGAUCAAGCAGCGAUGGGCGUACGAAAAGUACUUUGACCUCCAGGGCCAUCGGGGUGGGCGUGGUGAGGCAGUGGAGAGUACUCUCCCUGCCUUCGCCUGGGGCUUGCUGGCUGGCGUGACUACUUUGGAGAUGGAUGUCGGUCUCACCAAGGACGGUGUCCCCAUCGUCUGGCACGACGAGGUCAUCGACAAGACCAAGUGCAAGGAUUCCGCUCCGGCCUUCGCCAACGAUACCAUGUACCCCUACGUCGGCAAGAACGUGGCCAACCUCACUUUGGCGCAGAUCAAGACCCUCGACUGUGGAUCGCUUCGGAUCGACGGGUUCCCUCGUGCCGAGGUCUACCCCGGAACAAAGCUCUCCACCCUGGACGAGAUGUUCGACUUUGUCCAGUGCGCAACGUCCGAUCCCGUCCUUUUCAAUAUCGAGUCCAAGAUCAACCCCGACGUGACCAACCAGACCCGCAGUCCCGCCGACUUCGUCGCUGCGAUGGGCAAGGUGUUUGUUGGGCGAGGCGCGGAUGUGGUUGACCGGAUCACCCACCAGUCUUUCGAUUGGCGCGCUCUUGUCUUGUCCAAGGCGCAGUACCCUACCCUCCGAACUGCUGCUCUCUGCGACGAUACCACCCUCUACCGCAACCCCACCGCUACCACCACCGGCAACCUUACCGUGCACGGUACCGGCCCCUCCAACUGGCUCGCCGGCAUUGACAUCGACUCGCUCCAGGGCGCGACUGUCGGCGAGCGCGUCGCAAGGGCCGCCAAGAGCAUCAAGGCGGAUAUCUUGUCUCCUGUUGGCAGCGCUGCGUACGCAUCGGUCGUCCAGGACGUCUCCCUCCCCGGCUACAUCCCGUUCGUUAACCAGUCUAUGGUCGACACUGCCCACUCGCUCGGUAUGGAGGUUGUCCCCUGGACCGUCGACCGCAAGAACAACAUCGAGUACCUCCUCGCCCUCGGUGUCGACGGUAUCAUCUCGGACUACCCCUCGGACGUCCGUAUCCUCCUCGAGCGCAGGGGCAAGUACCUCGCCCCCAAGGCGAACGAGGAGCGGGUCAUGGGGUGCUUGAAGAAGCUCGUCCAGGUCACCAAGGAGGGAUUGCCCACUCGCGGCUACUAG